AGCGUCUGUGCUUCUGAACUCACGGCUCCCUCUACAGUUGGUACAGUGGAAAUUUUCCAUCCAGUGCAGGAAAAACAAUCAAACUGCCUGUGGUGAGCAGUCGGAGAGGGAAACACAACGAGAGACGCGUCCGGAGAGAUUACGCACACAUCCACAGCUUUAUACUUUGUGGAGAGAUGUGCGUCUCCAUCGGCUACGGAUCUGCACACAUCCCUCCAGAUACUGUCGACAUGCACAUCUGGAUUACUCAUCAUCUGGGAGGCUGAUUCACUGUUUCCUGCAGGACAAGCUGAGAAAAAAUGUCUCAUUCUUUGAAUACUUGAGGAGUGACGACAAGUUUCCUCAGAGAAAAAACGCGCAGCUUUAAAGAAGGAAACAAAAGGAGAUUUAACAAUGCAAACAGAUCGAUUUCCAGAUCAGGAUUUGCAGUUUUAAGCAGCAGACGUUUGUGGAGUGGAGAGUCUGCAGCAGAGGCUAUGUUCUCCGAGGAGAUGCGUUGUUUGCUGAGCUUCAUGUCCGCGGAUGUUGCGGCUCGGUCGGGCUGCACACGGAGCCUGUGGGUGGCUGUGAUUGGACCGGACACAGACUGGGGCUGACUGAUGUUUGUCCGAGAGGAAAUGUUUUGUGGGAGGAGAUCAAUACGUGUUAUUGGCGCACGCAGAAGGGAGACGAUUGCCAGUCUCCACGAGCACACGCAUUACUAUGAGGACAGCAGGAAAAAACGUGCAGGAUGUUUUUUUUUCUUCUUGGAUUUAAAUGCAAAACAAUCUUCCUACCAUCAGACAUUUAUGAAUAAUGAAUGUGAUGUUGCCUUUUGAAAACUGUUGGUGUGGAUGCUGUUUGUUCUUGCACUAAAGUUUUUUUCUUAUCAUGCAUGGGACUUUAAUAUUGCAUCAUUUGUCUUAUACAUUAUUUUUGGACUCUAACAAAUCACCUGGACUUUUACUCUGAAAUAACAACUGAAGAAAAAAACUUUUAAAAUGCAGUAAAAAAAUGCAUUCACAAAUGCCCGGCAACAUGGCAGUGAACUGGGUUGUGUAUUCAGUUUUUUUGCUGCCGCUGUUCGCAGUGGGGACAGCCUUCUCGGGGGUCUUCAACACCACAGACAGAGACAUUUUCACAGAUGACUUGCUGCAGGUCAAGCUCACACAAGCCAGAGCGACCGAGCAGUGGAAACUCCAGUCUGCCGAUUUUCAUCCCAACCUAUAUUUUAACCAAGUGGAUGUGUUGCACUUGAGGCAAAGGUCCUCCACCACCCACAGUCACAUAUUUAAAGUCAUCCGGGCGGCCGCGCUCACCAUGUUGUCAAACGUCCCCUUUUACAUGCCCCCUGUGAAACAUGCAGAGUUUACAAGCAAGUGGAAUGAGAUUUAUGGGAACAACCUGCCUCCCCUGGCUCUCUACUGCCUGUUGUGCCCAGAGGACUCUGCUGCCCUGCAGUUUCUUAUCAAGUUUAUGGAUAGGAUGGCUGAAUACCCCGACUGGAAGGUAACCAGUGCCCCAAACGACGAGGUCCCCAUGGCGCACUCUCUCACUGGGUUUGCUACUGCUUAUGACUUUAUUUUCUCUUUCCUGGAUGAGCAGCGGAAGGAUGUUUACCUCAAGAAAAUUCGCUCUGAGACAGAGCAGCUGUUUGAGCUCUCAAAGUACAGGGGGUGGGGGAAACAGUACCUCCAAAAUCACCAAACCACUAACAUUUUAGCCGUCCUGAUGGGUGCAAUAGUGGUUGGAUCACACGACGUCCCGGAGUCAAUGAUCUGGAAACAAGUGGCAGUGAGCUACAUGGAGAAAACUAUGUUCCUCCUCAACCAUGUUGUUGAUGGCUCUCUGGAUGAGGGAGUCGCCUAUGGGAGCUACACGGCCAAGUCCAUCACACAGUACGUCUUCUUAGCCCAGCGCCACUUCAACAUCGACAACCUGCAGAACAACUGGCUGCGGGGGCACUUCUGGUUUUACUACGCCACCCUGCUGCCGGGCUUUCAGAGGACGGUCGGCAUCGCGGACUCCAACUACAACUGGUUUUACGGGCCGGAGAGCCAGCUGGUUUUCCUCGACACGUUCGUCAUGAUGAACGGGACGGGCAACUGGCUGGCUCAACAGAUCAGAAAGCACCGGCCCAAGGAUGGUCCCAUGGGGCAGUCGUCUGCCCAGCGCUGGGCUACGCUUCACACAGAAUACAUCUGGUACAACUCCCACCUCGCACCGCAGCCCCCCAACGACUUUGGAAAAGCUAGGAUGCAUAUUUUCUCAAACUGGGGUGUGGUGACCUAUGGAGCGGGGCUACCCAUCGGCCAGGGGAAUACUUUUGUCUCGUUUAAGUCUGGCAAGCUGGGUGGCCGUGCAGUUUAUGAUAUAGUCCAUGACAAGCCUUACUCCUGGGUGGAGGGCUGGAACAGCUUUAACCCGGGUCACGAGCACCCGGAUCAGAACUCUUUCACGUUUGCUCCUAACGGACAAGUAUUUGUGUCCGAAGCACUUUAUGGUCCAAAGUUCAGCUACCUUAACAACGUUUUGGUGUUCAGCCCGUCUCCUACCAGCCAGUGUAACAGUCCGUGGGAGGGUCAGUUGGGGGAGUGCGCUAAGUGGCUGCGUUGGACAGAUGAGGGGGUGGGGGACGCCAAAGGGGAGGUGAUCGUCGCCUCCUCGCACAAGGACACCAUGUUUGUGAGCGGGGAAGCGGCGUCGGCGUAUUCGCCCGCCAUGAGACUAAAGAGUGUGUACAGAGCUUUAGUUCUGCUAAACUCCCAGACUCUGCUGGUGCUCGACCAUGUAGAGAAGUGGAGCGAUUCGCCUGUGACGUCCCUCAGCGCUUUUUUCCACAAUCUUGACAUUGACUUUAAAUACGUCCCUUUCAGAUUCAUGGACAGAUUUAACGGCGCCAUGAUGGAUGUGUGGGACGCUCAUUAUAAAAUGUUCUGGUUCGACAGCCAGGGUCACAGCCCUGAUACCAGGAUACAAGAGGCUGAGCAGGCGGCCGAGUUUAAAAAGAGGUGGACUCAGUACGUCAAUGUCACUUUUCCAAUGACAGGCACAGUCAGCAGAGUGGCUUACGUGUUACAUGGACCAUAUGUCAAAGUGUCCAGCUGUAGAUUUAUAGAUAAUAGCAAAAAUGGAGUGAGACUUUCUUUAACCAUAAAUAACACAGAGAGGAUAGUUUCUAUUGCGACGAACUACAAAGACAUCGGCGCCAGGUCGACUUAUUUGGGAUUUGGAGGUCACUGUAAAGUUGAGGAUAGAUAUCAAAUCACGCGAUAUGGCCUUGGGACUCAACUCAUCCCCAAACAAAUCAGCAGUGAUAAUCAGCUGUUUGACUUUGGCUUCACAGUCAACGUGAUAGCAGGGGUCGUUCUCUGCGUGGCCAUCGGAUUUUUGACCAUGCAGAGAAAGUUUUACGUGUGCUUCAGCAGGCUGAUGCGCUACGCCCUCCUCUCCGUGCUCAUUCUGUGGAUAGCCGAGCUGCUGUUUGUGUCUAACAGCUGCGAUCAGCUUCUCUGUGGGGUAAAAUGGAAAGUUGCAGGUGCCAAAAGCGAAGUAAACAAACAAAUCAGACUGUACGAACAGCGCCGGCUCCCCCUCCCCACCGUCGUCAUAACAACCCUUCCCGGAUCGGGAUCGGAAAUACUCAAGCACCUUUUCUACAACAGCUCGGACUUUGUUUACAUUCGAGUUCCCACCGAGCACGUGGACAUCCCCGAGACCGAGUUUGAGUUUGACUCCCUGGUCGACGCCUGCGAGUGGUCAAGGUCAGAUGCCACGCGCGGACGGUUUAAGAUUAUUCAGGGCUGGCUGCAUUCGCUGGUCCACAACACAAAGCUGCACUUGCAGAAUAUUCAGCUGGUAGAGGGCAGCCGGGUCAAACAGCCCCAGAGAGUCGGCCCCUCUAGGGACAGAAAGAAAAGAUCCAGGAGGAGAGAGCCGGCGUCUGAGCUGAAGGGCAAACUGAGAGCGAGUCUGGACAGAGAUGCAGAGUACGUCAGGGAGAUGAGACGCCAUGUUUUGGAGUACCCGAACGCCCGGGUGGUCCUCAACAUGCGGAGCGGAAGCUGGGCGCUCAAACUGCCUUUCAUCCAGGAGGUUGUUGGAUCUUCCCUGAGGACAAUCUACUUGGUGAGAGACCCCCGAGCGUGGAUUUAUAUCAUGGUUUAUAACAGCAAACCCAGCCUUUACUCCCUCAAAAACAUCCCGCAGCACCUUUCCUUGAUAUUCAAGGAGGAUGCUGUCAGCAACGGGUGCCCGACUGCGGCGCCAGAGUUUAAAAUAAUCCGGCGGCUGCUGUCCCGUUCUGAAACAAACCCCAUCCUGAUACUGGCUCAUCUGUGGCUGGCUCACACCGCAGCAGUGCUGAGAGUCAGCGAGAGCCUCCCCGAGGAGUCCUACCUCCAAGUGAGGUUUGAGGACGUGGUCAACUCGCCGCAGGAGACGGCGGAGAGCAUACACACAUUUCUGGGGGUGCCCAUCUCACCCGCAGCCCUCAACCAGCUCCUCUUCACCACCUCCACCAACCUGUACAAUCUAAUGUACGAAGGAGACAUUUCACCAGCCAACAUUAACAUGUGGAGACAGAAUAUGCCCCGAAAGGACAUCAGACUAAUAGAGGACGUGUGUGGGGGUGUGAUGAAGAGGCUGGGUUACACCGGGUCUGCCAGUUAACUUCCUGCUGCUGGUCAGCUGAUAUUGAGCUGUCUUGUUUACUGUAGCUGCCAUCCACUUCUGUAAAGUUUUUCUUUUUGCACUGACUUUAAAAAAUAUGUUACAAGUUGAGGAGAAACUGGGUAGCAUUUUUCUGUUUUUUUUCCCUGUUUGUUUGGGUGUUGUACAGCCUACAGCAACAGAUGUUUGUGAGGGAGGAAUAUUUUACAUUAAAAUAGGUAGAAGGGAGCUUAUGUGCUUUCCCUCCCCCCAGCAGCCCUUCAUACUCACUUGUAGCACUCUUUAAUUGAGUGAGAUCUUUGCUGUCUUACAUGCAGAGUUGAAUUUGAGCAUUAUUGCAGCAUCCUAAACGGUACAACAGCUCACAGUGAAGAUUAGUUACUGUUUGUCUUAGUAAGAGAUGAGAAAUUAGUUUUUCAGAUCCCUAAUCUGUGAUGUCAGAGAGAUGUUUGUGCAAAAUCCAUAUCUGUUAUUUCUGGCGUUAUUUUUUCGCGGGGUGGAUCAAGAGAUAUUUACUGGUUUGGAACAGAUACAUUAUGAAGCUCAUUAGUAAGUAAGACCCAUAUUUAUUGACAGUCUUCUAAUUUGUAGCUUCGGGAGAGACUAAUUUGGCUGUCUUGAAUCUGAACAUCCUGUGCUGUUUCCCUUUAAAACUACAAAAUGCUGCAAUGUAUGCAAAGAAAUAGAUAGCAGUGCUUUAUUGCUCCAAUAUAGACAUAUGAAUGACACGGAUUGUAUUUUCAUUACAUCAGUAGAGGGAUUUUUAUUUGAAGCUCAAAGAUGGCACGGUGGCUUAGCACUUUCGCAGGGACCUCCUUUGAUUGUAUGUGGGAAUCAGUGCGUUUUCCAAAGCUAACUUUACUGUAUGUACUCGAUUAGCUCGGAAAUAUGAAACCUCUGAAGAUAUAUAAACCUCUGAAGAUAUUAUGUGUAGAAGAAAAGAAGUUAGAAGUAUUUAUGGGUUCCAAAGACACAUAUCCCAAAGGAUCAGGAAUGAAUAUGAUUAUUAUAACUCCCUUUGGCAUUUAUUGAAUUAGAUCAGAGGAAAGUGCUUAAUAGGAAUCAAACUGGGGAAAAAAAAACUGUCAGCUUUGACACAUUUGUAGUCAAAGCAAUUUCCAAAGCAUCCCCCUCAGCUACUCAUAUUAAUCUGCAAGAUGCCAUAACUGAGGCUUACCCCGUGUUUUAUUGUUGUACUGUCCUCACUGUAAAGGCCUGGAGGAAAUGCAAACAGUUUCCAUUUCCCGUCGUGGUCCAUCAGAUAACCAAUGAUCUUUUAGGGCCUUUGUCUUGAGAGAGUUCAGUGAGCAGUGGACUGAACAGGGACUGAGCAGGGGGUGAAUAUUAAGUACAGCUAAAGGAGAAAAAAAAAGAAGAAGAAGUCAGAGACCAUUUCUACUCUGUGAUGUUAUGCUCUUUGGCCUGGGCAAAAAUGUACGCUCCUCAGUAACCUUUGAUGCUGUCUUGCUUCAACAUUUCUGUUCUGUAAAUGAUGGUUCUCUCAAUUUUCGCAUCUGUACACACACAC